AUGCCCAGGACAAAGCCUCCGGAGCGCACAAAGACCUCACAAUUCUCUACGAACAUUGGCUGUCCAUACAAACCCAACGUGUAUGGCAUCCCCACGGACGGGAGAGUGUUCUACUUGGGCAUCAAGAAGGGCUAUCCUUCGGCAGGCAACGACGUCGUCUUCGUCCGCAUCCUGUCCCUGGAGACAAACACCGGCAUCGACUUCCUCGAGCUCCCCCGGUUCAGCUAUAUGAAUCUCAUGCAGGAGGUCUACCAUUACCAAGAGAAGUCGAUUGUUUGGGUCAAUUCACCCGGACAACAGCUCAUCAUAUCCGCUCUCCUAAAUUUAUGCAACCUCGACCAUAAGCUGUAUCAUGCCGACCUUACCUCGGAACAGCGAGCUGCUCUCGUCAAAGAGUUCAACGAGACCGACCAAGACUCGACACCAUGGGCUGCAGGCUGCGACAUUGCUCCUACCAGUUAUGUUACCACCAUGUCCGUCUUUGUUCCAGAUUCCUUCUUAUGGGUGGAGGCGGUGCUGGGGCAGCAUGCGAAGGUGUGGCCGACCAGUGACUUUGCCGAGCUCCUCCAGACACCCAAUAACACAACAGUCUUCUUUAACUAUCCAUUUGGCCCCGGCCCCGGCCCCGGCCCCCGCGGUUGCCCUCGCUCCUCUGCCGCUGAAUCUUUAUCAGCCUCGUUGCGUGCCGUGCCUUGUUACUGCGGCUUGUUAUAA